CAGAAAAAUGUCUACGUGGACUUGCAGAAUAAUUCUACGUGAAACAACCCCGGAAGUGCUGUAGAUCCACCAAGGAGUACCUGUGUGAGAAUGGUUUCAGCAUGGAAAGGAAGGUCUGGAAAGGGGAAGGUGCCUCCAGGACCAGCUCCCCUUCCCAUUCUAGGUAACCUGCUGCAGGUGAAAGCAAGUAACUUGACCGAAACCCUCCAGAAGCUCAGUGAACAGUAUGGACAAGUGUUCACAGUGCACAUGGGCUCUGACCCAGUGGUGGUGCUAUAUGGACACGAUGUGGUGAAAGAAGCCCUGGUUGAUCGCGCGGAUGAGUUUGCUUCCAGAGGACACAUGCCAAUUGGAGACAGGGCUAACAAUGGACUAGGGAUUAUUUUUAGCAACAAUGAGCCAUGGUUACAAGUCCGGCGGUUUUCUCUCACCACUCUGAGGAACUUUGGAAUGGGGAAGAGGAGCAUUGAAGAGAGGAUACAGGAGGAAUCUGACUACUUGCUGGAAGAGAUCAACAAAACAAAGGGAGCAUCUUUUGACCCAACCUUCAUGCUGAGCUGUUCUGUCUCCAAUAUCAUAUGCUCCAUUGUCUUUGGGAAACGAUAUGAUUAUAAUGACAAGAAGUUCCUGGCUCUGAUGAACAACAUGAACAACAUCUUUGAGAUGACCAACUCCAAGUGGGGACAGCUCUACCAGAUGUUCUCAAAUAUCCUGAAUUACCUGCCUGGCCCACACAACAAUAUAUUUGCAGAAUUUGAUGCUCUAAAAGCCUUUGUAGCAGAGGAGGUGAAGUUGCACCAAGCCUCCCUAGAUCCCAACUCCCCUCAGGAUUUCAUCGACUGUUUCCUCAGCAAAAUGCAGGAGGAGAAAGAUCGUCCCAAUUCCAGUUUCCACAUGAAGAACCUGAUAACAAGUACCUUCGACUUGUUCAUUGCUGGAACUGAGACAACAAGCACCACUAUACGAUAUGGGCUUCUGCUUCUUCUCAAAUAUCCAAAGAUACAAGAGAAAGUUCAAGAAGAGAUUGACCAGGUAAUAGGACGAUCAAGAAAACCUUGUGUGGCUGACCGGACCCAGAUGCCCUACACAGAUGCCGUGGUCCAUGAAAUCCAGCGCUUCAUCUCUCUUGUCCCCCUGGCUCUCCCUCACACUGUGACCAAAGACACCAGCUUCAGAGACUAUGUUAUUCCUAAGGGCACCACUAUUUUCCCUGUCCUCACUUCUGUCCUCCAUGACAGUAAAGAGUUUGCAAACCCACAUGAGUUCAAUCCUGAACAUUUCUUGAACAAGGACGGCACCUUUAGGAAGAGUGACUUCUUCAUGCCCUUCUCAGCAGGUAAAGCACAGGUUUGCUCUUCCACUCUCUGUCAGCUUCCUCCUCUG